UUGCCCCGCCCCGGUCCGUCGCAACGGAUGUCCGUUAUGUUCUUGUGUUCGGAUAGAGUGUCAGAGCGGGAGGGAGAGUUACCACUGCACCGAAUUAAGUUUUUAAAGCACACAUUUACUGAGCACAUCGGAUCAUCUAGACAGACUGACCGUGACAUAGUGCCACACUUCCCGAAACACUGACAUAAACAUUUAUAACCCUUCUCAACCGGGACUCCCACCUCUUCUGAACUCCGCGGGGCCCGGCGAGGGGCUGCGGGAGCAGAUGGAGCCUGCACCGGCGAAGGCGAAGCCUCAGGGACGGCUACUGGUGUCCACCCCGCUGGACGCCAAAGACGAGCUGGAGGAGAGAUUGGAGCGCUGUGUUGGGAUCGUCCAGUCGUUGACUAAUGGGCUGUCAGAGAGAGAGGCCAAUGACGCGCUCACUGCAAACGUGUGUAAAGGUCAGCAGCAGCAUGAGGAGGUGUGUCUGGGUCUGUUCACCCUGGUCCUCACAGAGCCGGCCCAGGCCCAGAGGUGUUACAGAGACCUGACGCUGGUCAACAGAGAUGGGAUGAACGUGGUCCUGGUUAAGAUCAACCAGAUCCUGAUGGAGAAGUUCCUCAAACUGCAGGACGUCCCCAGAAGUCAGCUGGUGUGGCUGGUGCGAGAGCUGGUGAAGAGCGGAGUGAUGGGAGCUGACGGGGUCGUCAUGACCCUGCUGAAACAGAUCGCAGGUGGAGACAUCUCCACUAAGAACCUGUGGCUGGCUGAGAGCGUCCUGGACAUCCUGCUGGAGCAAAAGGAGUGGGUGUUGAAGAGUGGGAUGCUGAUAGCGAUGUCAGUCUACACCUACCUCCGCCUGAUCGUCGACCACGGAGCCCCGAACCUGCUUCCACUCCGUCAGAAAGAGGUCGACUUUUGCAUCAGCAUGCUGAGGGAGAAGUUCAUGGAGUGUCUGAUCAUUGGCAGAGAUCUGGUUCGUCUGCUGCAGAACGUUGCUCGGAUCCCAGAGAUGGAGCUGCUGUGGAGAGACCUGCUGCACAGUCCACAAGUCCUCAGUCCUCAGUUCACCGGCAUCCUCCAGCUUCUCACAGCUCGCACCUCCAGAAAGUUUCUGGCCUGCCGACUCACGCCUGAUAUGGAGACCAAGCUGCUGUUCAUGACCUCCAGGGUACGGUUUGGGCAGCAGAAGCGAUAUCAGGACUGGUUUCAGAGGCAGUACCUGUCCACAGCUGAGAGCCAAUCCUUGCGUUGCGACCUGAUUCGCUACAUCUGUGGUGUGGUCCAUCCGUCUAAUGAGGUGCUGAGCUCUGACAUCCUGCCACGCUGGGCUAUCAUUGGCUGGCUACUUACCACCUGCACGUCAAAUGUGGCCGCCUCCAACGCCAAGCUGGCGCUCUUCUAUGAUUGGCUGUUCUUCAGUCCUGAGAAAGACAGCAUCAUGAACAUAGAACCGGCCAUCCUGGUGAUGCACCACUCCAUGAAGCCUCAUCCUGCCAUCACCGCCACACUGCUCGACUUCAUGUGCAGGAUCAUCCCUCAUUUCUACCCUCCGCUGGAGUCUCAGGUGCGUCAGGGUGUCUUCAACUCCCUCAACUUCAUCAUGGAGAAGAGAGUGCUGGCUCACCUUGCUCCACUGUUUGAUAAUCCAAAGUUGGACCGAGAGCUUCGAUCAAUGCUCAGAGAGAGAUUCCCCGAGUUCUGCAGCUCACCCUCACCCCCAACCGAAGUUAAGAUGGAAGAGGCUGUUUCUAUGGAGAUGGACAACCAUGUGUUGGACAAGGAGGAGGGUUGCUAUGACAACACAGAAGCCACCUUCAGUGAUGAUGAGGAGGAGGUCAACAACAAAGGAAAGAAGAGGGAGUUCCGGUUCCAUCCAAUUAAAGAGGCUGUGAUGGAGGAGCCUGCUGACAUCACAUCCUGGCUGGACCAAUUAGAUGACACCAUAAAGGAGAAGGUGCUGCAGCUGCAGAAAACCAGUGACACAGAGACUCAGUGUGAGGUGAUGCAGGAGAUUGUGGACCUGAUCCUGGAGGAGGAUUUUGACUCGGAGCAGAUGUCGGCUCUGGCCUCCUGUCUGUCUGAACUGUUUAAAGAUCAUUUCAGAGGAGACGUCCUGCCGGACGAGAUCACUGAGGAGUCCCUGGAGGAGUCGGUGUGUAAACCUGUCUGUCUGAUCUUCAGGAACCUGGUCACUAUGCAGGAGGACAACAGUGGGUUCUCUGUGCUGCUCGACAUGUUGGCUGAACUCUACCAGAAACAGCCCAAGAUCGGAUACCACCUGUUGUACUACCUCAAAGCCAGUAAAGCAGCGAACGGUAAGAUGAUGCUGUACGAGUCUUUUGCUCAGGCAACAGCGCUUGGCGACCUGCAUACCUGUCUGAUGAUGGACAUGAAGGCGUGUCAGGAGGACGAUGUCCGGCUCCUCUGCUACCUCACGCCCUCGAUAUAUUCCGAGUUUCCAGAUGAAACACUGAGAAGCGGAGAGCUGCUCAACAUGAUUGUGGCCGUCAUCGACUCUGCACAGUUACAGGAGCUGAUGUGUCAUGUGAUGAUGGGGAACCUGGUGAUGUUCAGGAAGGACUCUGUGCUCAACAUCCUCAUUCAAUCUCUGGACUGGGAGACCUUUGAGCAGUACAGCACCUGGCAGCUGUUUCUGGCCCAUAGUAUCCCUCUGGAAACCAUCAUCCCCAUCCUGCAACACCUCAAAUACAAAGAACAUCCAGAGGCCUUAUCCUGUCUGCUGCUGCAGCUCCGCAGGGAAAAGCCGACCGAGGAGAUGGUGAAGAUGGUCCUGAGUCGUCCCUGUCACCCUGAGGACCAGUUCACCACCAGCAUCCUGAGACAUUGGGCGUCCAAAUAUGAUGACACGCUGGGAGAACACAUCAAGGCCCAGCUGAUCAAGAAUAACAACCAGCCUCGCAAGAGACAGAGUCUUCGUAGUUCCAGCAGUAAACUGGCCCAGCUGACCCUGGAACAGAUCCUGGAGCACAUGGACAAUCUGAGACUGAGCCUGAGCAACACCAAGAACAACUUCUUCACACAGACCCCAAUCCUCCAGGCUCUGCAGCACGUUCAGGCGAGCUGUGACGAAGCACACAAGAUGAGGUUCAGUGACCUGUUCGCAUUGGCGGAGGAGUAUGAGGACUCUCAGUCGAAGCCUCCGAAAUCUCGGCGUAAAGCUCCGGCCUCUUCACCUCGCUCCAGGAAAGGAGCAGCUCCACCCACCAACAAUGAGGAGGAGAGCGCCUCCAGCAGUGCCUCGGAGGAGGAGGACUCGAAGCCCAAAGCUCCGAAGAGGAAGAGGAAAGGCUCGUCAGCCGUUGGUUCUGACAGCGACUGAUAAGUCACACAUGAGCUGCCACACAGACUGCCAGCCAAUGAGCUGCUCUGACCAAUGGAAAAGGCCAUGCUCCCUCCUGAUGACACGCACUGAUGGCUGUGGGAAGGGCGGGGCUUUGAGACUUUAAGUCCAUGCAGUGAACUCACUAUCUCAUGUGAGACUGAUGCUGUUUCCAUGGAGAUGAGGACUGACUGGGUCUCAUGUGGCUGAACUCCCAUGAUGCACUGGGAGGAUUAAAAUAUAAACUCUGGGAACCAAACAGCUGAUUUUACUACAGGGAACAUGUGAAUGAAGAUGAGUGUGUCUUUUUUGGGGUGGGGGGUGGACUUUUACUGUGGAGGAGCCUGACUUCCUGCUGUUUUCAGCAGCUCCUUCCUGUUUGUCUCACUGCAGUAAAAGCUCGUCUGUUGUGAACCACAUGUUGGAUGACUUCUCCGUAUAAAAGCAGAUGUGUGUUCUGUAUGUUAGUGGGGGGGGGUCAGGUUUGAUGCUGCUUGUUGGCACUGCAGUCAGUAAAGGACCAUUUCAACUUUUUAUCAGUCAAAUUUAAAAACAGAAAAUCUAAAUGGAGUUUGGCAUGAGUCGGUAGGUUUCUGUGUGGUUGUGUCAGGUACAGCCUAGAUGACAUAUGGCAGGUUUCCAUCCACCUGGUUUUAUGUGCAUUUUCAUUUUGCAUCAUUAAAUAUGAGUGCACCGUUAAAAGAAAUCUCAGAACAUGACAAAAAAGCUUUUACUCUUGUCUGAGGCAUGGAUAAAACUCAGAGUAAACGAGACUCUGUGAACAAACACGGACCUCUGUGAAUCAUGUGACUCAAACCUGAGUUGGAGGGAGCAAUGAGGAGGCUGUGGCCUUCCUCACAUUAACACAUGAAACUAACAGAAGUGUCUCAUCAUCUGAGUUCUCAGUGGAGAUCGUUAGACAGCGCCCCUUCUGCUGCGGUUGAAUGGCACCGACUAGUGGGCAGGAGGGGGCGAAGACAGGACUUCAGUCAGUCAGGGGGGUGAGGAGAAGGAUUCUGGUCCCAGUGAUUCACAUACAUCAGCAACAACAACACAACCAGAGGGAAUGUUGGACAGCAAUAGGUGAUGGUUUGCACUGGUGCAAAGUACCUGCUUCGUCAUACGUAGACAAUUAUUGUACUUAUGUCACAUGCUCACAGUGUUUAGCAGGCAGGAGUUCACAUGUAUACUUAAAGGGGCAUGAUGCCACAGAAAAUGUAUCACUUGAAUUACAAGAAUUUGAAGUCGGUCUGAGUCUCUGUGGUGUCUUCAGUUGCCUGACUUGUGUUUCUGCCAGCAACACGCAUAUCUUGGAGAUUACUUUCAAGAAUGAACGUGGAGAGUUGAGCAGGGAGAGCUUGGGCAGCUCCACGGACUCCACAGGACACUGGGAACGGGCUGACGAAGCACGUUUAACUUUGAAUUGUUAUAGUUAAACUUCAGCACUCACAAACCCCAUGACUCGUACUACUGUAUAUUUAAAUUAUACAAAUUGAGCUGUUAAACCUCUUUUAGCUUUGUUUUUUGUUCUCCACCCUGACAUGUCUGUUGUUAACUGUUACAUUGUUUUGUUUUUGUAAUAAAAUAUUUGUGUGUGGGGGGGAUAAACUAAAAUAAAAAACAGGAUCAGUUACAGAUCCUGGUCUGGACCUGGA